AAGACCGUUAAAGGCUUCACCUCGUUGCUUUAGCUCUGUCGGUCCAGUUCUUUCUUUCUCCACGCCUACGCCCUUUUUCUAUACCAGCCAUCUGAGAUCUCUCUCAGAGCUCUUCCACAAACUGCUCCACACUUCCAACUGCCCUGAGCUCUGAUUAUUUAUUCUAUUUUGAUUGAAAAUAUUUAAGAAAACCAGUUCGAAUUCUGCGCAAUUCUUCAAUCACGAGGUGCCAGAAUUGUAAUUCGUAGAUAUUUUUGACUGGUUUCAUUUCCAGUUCUUCUGUCCAAGUAAAUGAGGCGUCGAGGGUCAGACUUUAGGCGGCCGGUGAGGCGACGAAUUCCGAAUGUGUUCUGGUUGACGCUGUGUGGCUCAGUGAUUCUGCUUUUCAUUGUGCUCUUGAGCCGGGAAAAUCAGCGUCCCUCUUCAAGAUCGGUUUAUUCCAAGAGAUUCACUAGACAUGAAAAGGUUAUAGAAGGCCUGAACAUCACUGACGAAAUGGUGAGUCCUGACUCUGUAACGAGGCAACUGAAUGACCAAAUUUCUCUGGCAAAGGCAUUUCUCGUUAUUGCAAAGGAAAGCAGCAAUCUGCAAUUUGCAUGGGAACUUAGUGCUCAGAUUCGCAACUCACAGAUCCUUCUGUCAAAUGCAGCCUUAAGAAGAACUCCUUUGACAACCAGCGAAUCAGAAACUGCUAUUCGUGACAUGGCACUUCUACUCUUUCAGGCUCAGCAACUCCAUUAUGACAGUGCUACCAUGAUCAUGAGACUUAAGGCCAAGAUCCAGGGUCUUGAAGAGCAAAUGAACUCUAUCACAGAGAAAAGUUCGAAGUAUGGACAAAUAGCUGCUGAAGAAGUUCCAAAGAGCUUGUAUUGCCUCGGUGUUCGUCUGACAAGUGAAUGGUUUAAGAAUUCCAAUUUGCAGAGGAAACUUAAAGAGAAUAGACAAACAGCUUUAAAACUCAAGGACAACAGUUUGUAUCACUUUUGUGUCUUCUCUGAUAACAUCCUCGCAACUUCAGUUGUCGUGAAUUCUACAGCUUUGAAUUCCAAAAAUCCUGAGAAGGUGGUUUUCCACCUUGUAACUGAUGAAGUGAAUCACGCAGCAAUGAGAGCUUGGUUCACCAUGAAUAGUUUUGCAGGAGUAACUGUUGAUGUCCAAAAGAUAGAAGACUUUAGCUGGUUGAAUGCUUCCUAUGUUCCUGUUCUUAAACAGCUUCAAGACUCGGACACCCGGAGCUACUACUUCUCAGGUAGUGGUGGUGAUAACCGGACUCCAAUCAAGUUCAGGAACCCUAAAUACUUAUCCAUGCUUAACCACCUCAGAUUCUACAUUCCUGAAGUUUUUCCUGCCCUGAAGAAGGUGGUCUUUCUUGAUGAUGACGUUGUCGUGCAGAAGGAUCUUUCAGCUCUUUUCUCUCUCGAUCUGAACGGCAAUGUCAAUGGUGCAGUGGAGACAUGCAUGGAAACAUUUCAUAGAUACCACAAGUACUUGAAUUACUCUCACCCCCUAAUUCGUGAGCAUUUUGACCCUGACGCGUGUGGAUGGGCAUUUGGGAUGAAUGUUUUUGAUUUGGUUGAAUGGAGGAGAAGGAAUGUCACGGGUAUCUACCACUACUGGCAGGAAAAGAAUGUUGACAGGACUUUGUGGAAACUCGGGACUCUCCCUCCAGGCCUGUUGACAUUCUAUGGAUUGACAGAGCCUCUAAACCCCUCAUGGCAUGUCCUAGGUUUGGGCUAUACGAAUGUUGAUCCAAAGUUGAUAGAGACAGGGGCUGUGCUACAUUUUAACGGCAACUCAAAACCUUGGUUGAAGAUUGGAAUGGAGAAAUAUAAACCGAUUUGGGAUAAGUAUGUUGAUUAUGGGCAUCCUCUAUUGCAACAGUGCAACGUCCAUUAAUUUCGAAUAUGGAUUUUGCGAUUUGUGAUGAAAAAACAGGAGUUUUGACCAAUUAUUUGUACACUGGGAGAUUUUAGGAGGAGAUUAUGAGACGACUCAGGGUAAGUGGUAUGACCAUUGAUAUUUGGUCGUCGGAAAUUCAAUUUCGUUGUUGUAACAUAAUGUUCAGCAUGUAGUCUCAUGUUAAAUCUAUUUGAGGUCUGUUCAGGAGUUGUUGCUACAAAUGCUUAAUACAGAUUAAGUCUCCUUUUUUGAGCUUUGGCACUCACCAAUUAGUUGAUGUUCUUGUUGUGUCCUCUUUCCUGGCUGCUGGACUCUUUUAGUUCGGUUUUUCAAUAUUACUGGGAAAUUACAUACA